UUGAUUAUACAUAGAUUUUCUAGCAAAUGCAUUUACAACCUGUCGCAAAUGCUAAGUCGCAUGUCCAGUUACACCCAGGCGGACAUGGCGUUUUUGCGGAUACACGGUCACUUGGUUCAUCAUAUGCGAGAUGGGUUUGGGCUGCAGCAGACUUCGACUCUCAACCAUUCCAUAAUUAAAAUCGUUCAAAUAAGUCUCAUACUCAAUCAUAUAGAUUAA